UUAAAUUCUAGUUAUAUUAAUUUUGUGUAAUUUGUACGGUAAAUUCACAAAGUCUAUAGAGGUUACACAUGGUAAAGAUGACAGCGAAUCAGAAUCAAAUUUUAUAUGAUAAAUUGAGUGACUUGAUGAUAAGUACACUAGAAUUCAUAGUUGGUGAAGACGAAUAUGCGCUCAAAAAAGUUAAUUCUUGGGAUGCAAGAAUUUCGGAGCGGUGUUUGGUUAACUUGGCUAAACUAGGAAUGCCAUUCAAAUACAUAGUGACGUCAGUAAUCACUUCAAAAAAGGACGGCUAUGAAAAACUAAAUGUUUUUUCAACAUGUUUUUGGAAUAAAGACACGGAUUUUAAGUGUACUGUAAAAUGGGAAAAUAAGACUGUAAUGUGUAUUUUAUCUAUUUACGCAUUAGCUUUGAAUUAAACUACAUAAUUUUUUUAAUUUUCUUGUCUAGAUAUAUAAUCCGUUAAGUAAAUACAGCUAAGCAACAUUAUUUCCAUAUAUUAUCUUUUAUCUCAUUUAUUUUAUUUUAUUUAUAUUUGGUAAUUUAAUACCGUAAGGCAGUUAGCAAUCUAAAUUCAAUUGAAAUUAAUCAUCCUAUCUUAAAUUACUUAUGUGAUGUGUUUAUCCAUAAAUCUUGAUAGCUGACGUCCAACAAUUUUUUCAUUUUUAAAUAUGUAAACAAAUUACAUAUGUUAGUAAAAUUAUACAAAGGAUUUUAAAGAUCAGUUAGUGAAAAUUUCGAAAUAAUUUUAUUUUUGUAAUACAUUCAUUUAUUUGUUUGAAAAUUUCCUGAUGUUAUAAUAACUUUCUCAGUCUUAAAAAUA